UCGCUUUACACAAUUCACCCUCCCACCAUAAAAAAUAAUAAUGAUAAUAAUUUUGACACAAACACUUAUCCUCUCAACAAUUUACUAGAGCCAUGAUAGCAAAAAAGAAAAGGCACCACAAAACGCGAAGUUUCGGUGGAAUCUGAACUCUGAAGUGAAUAUGGCCACAAAGUUUUGUAAUCACGAGGAAUAAUAAUUUUACCAAUUUCAAAGACUAAAAUCACAACAAUUUCACAGUUUCAGCAAAUAAAAUGAUUGUUUUACUCCAUUUGUGUCUUGUCGAACAAUAUUAGGAUAUGUUCCUGGGUUUACCACUUUUUAAUAAACAUCAGUGUGUAAUGUAAAAAUUGAGCAACUUUAAUAUGUGUGUUUUGUGUUUAUUGCAUAUAGUAGGCUUAGUAGUUUAACCAUGUCUGUCUGUGAUUGACUGCUUUGGUCUAUAUUUGAUGUCGGCUUGUUCAGUUCACAUUCACAUACACAGAAAUAAAGCUGUCUUGCUUUUGUUCUGCCUCUGUUUUCUCGUCUCUCUCUCUCUCUCUCUCUCUUUCCACUUUCAUCUCUGCUGCAUCACCUGUUGUGCCACCUCAAUCCCCAGAAACAACAGUGCAUACCCAUUUCAUGCUUUUCCAUUUUCGUCACUUCUUCUCUCUGUUCUUUUGUCCACGCUCAUGAAUUAUGAAUAUGGUCGCUGGUCGAAGAUUUUGGCCUCUUGGACAUCAUCAGCUUCACUCGUUUUCCAUUCUUUGCUGAUGCGGAUGGUUUCAUUUCUGCUCAAAGUGCUGUUGGUUUUGGCGUUUUGAUUUGUGCAACCACAAGGAUUCCAUUGCUGGGGGUUUAGUCCUAUUUGUUUGAGAUUUGGCACUGACAUGCGUGGCUUGAAUCCUCGAAUGUUAAGUUGUUGAAUUUGGAGUACUUGGGCUGUGUGGAUUUUGGAGUAAGAAAAGUUGCAUUUGUGGGAAAAGGGUCACUUUUUUUGUUGUUGAUCCUACUCUUCCAUAUUAGUGGACAAUUUUUUGUUCGUUUUCCGGGGCAGUGCUGGACGAAUUGAAGUUUGAAUUGUAUUGUUAUGAAAAUCCUGUGGAACAAGGGCAAAUCUUGAUGCUAGAAAAGGCCAUCUGGUGAAUUUGUUUUGGAGUUGGGGUCAUUGUUUUUUUAUAGGUCAUAAUGAAGGCUCCAUCCAACGGUUACUUGCCUAAUUCUGGCGAAGGGGAAAGGAAGACUAUGAAUUCAGAGUUAUGGCAUGCUUGUGCUGGACCUUUGGUUUCUUUGCCUCCUGUUGGAAGUCUUGUGGUUUACUUCCCCCAAGGACACAGUGAACAAGUUGCAGCUUCCAUGCAAAAGGAGGCUGACUUCAUACCAAGUUACCCUAACCUUCCAUCCAAGUUGAUUUGCAUGCUUCACAAUGUUGCGUUGCAUGCUGAUCCUGAGACUGACGAGGUGUAUGCACAGAUGACCCUUCAACCUGUAAACAAAUAUGAGAAAGAAGCAAUACUGGCAUCAGACAUCGGUCUCAAACAAAACCGUCAACCCACUGAGUUCUUUUGCAAAACUCUUACAGCUAGUGACACUAGCACUCAUGGUGGAUUUUCUGUGCCGCGUAGAGCAGCUGAGAAAAUAUUACCACCUUUGGAUUAUUCAAUGCAACCUCCAGCUCAGGAGCUUGUAGCCAAGGAUUUGCACGACAAUACAUGGGCAUUUAGACAUAUUUAUCGGGGACAACCAAAGAGGCAUCUAUUGACUACUGGAUGGAGUGUAUUUGUCAGCACUAAAAGACUGUUUGCCGGAGAUUCUGUUCUUUUUAUCAGAGAUGAAAAACAGCAUCUUCUUUUAGGUAUAAGACGUGCUAAUAGACAGCAACCAGCACUCUCUUCGUCGGUGAUAUCCAGUGACAGCAUGCAUAUUGGCAUUCUUGCUGCUGCUGCUCAUGCUGCUGCAAAUAAUAGCCCAUUCACUAUAUUUUACAAUCCAAGGGCUAGCCCCUCUGAAUUUGUUGUUCCGUUAGCCAAGUAUAACAAAGCCAUGUACACUCAAGUUUCUCUUGGAAUGAGAUUUAGAAUGAUGUUUGAAACUGAGGAGUCUGGAGUGCGUGGGUAUAUGGGGACAAUCACUGGUAUCAGUGACUUGGAUCCUGUCCGUUGGAAAAGCUCACAGUGGCGCAAUAUUCAGGUUGGAUGGGAUGAAUCAACAGCUGGUGAACGCCCCAGAAGAGUUUCAAUCUGGGAAAUUGAACCAGUGGUGACUCCUUUCUACAUUUGUCCACCUCCAUUUUUCAGGCCAAAGUUCCCCCGGCAACCAGGAAUGCCAGAUGAUGAGUCAGAUAUGGAAAAUGCUUUCAAGAGAGCUGUGCCUUGGCUUGGAGAUGACUUUGGCAUGAAGGAUGCCUCAAGUUCAAUCUUUCCUGGUUUCAGUUUAAUGCAGUGGAUGAGCAUGCAGCAGAAUAACCAGCUCUCUGCUGCUCAAUCAGGAUGUUUCCCAUCCAUGCUUUCAUCUAAUACCCUUCAGGGUAACCUUAGCACUGAUGACCCUUCCAAGUUAUUGAGCUUUCAAGCUCCUGUCCUCUCUACCCCAAGUCUUCAAUUAAACAAACCUAAUCUACCAAAUCAAAUCAACCAGUUGCAACAGUCCCCAGUGUCAUGGCCUCAGCAGCAACAGUUGCAGCAGCAGCAGCAGCAGCAGCAACAACAACAACAACAGCAACAACAGCAGCAACAACAACAACAACAGCAACAACAGCAGCAGCUGCAGUCAUUGUUGCAAAUACCAAUGAACCAGCUCCAGCAGCAGAGGCAACAGCAGCUGCCUGAACCACAAAAUCUGCCAUUGUUGCAGCAACUGCCUCAGCAUCUAGGACAGCAACCUCAGAAACAACAACAGUCAAGUCAACAUGCUACUAUUAUGAAUAAUGGGGUAGUUGCCUCUAACCAAAUUACAAAUCAGUUUGCACAACAACCAAUGGCAUAUGGUCAGCUUCAGCAACAACAGUUACUUUCAGGAGGUAUCCAACCCCAGCAAGGUAUCCAGUCAGCCACUAAGAAUACAUUCCCAUUGACAUCCUUACCACAAGACUCACAAUUUCAGCAACAGAUAGACCAGCAAGCUAGCCUCUUACAGAGACAGCAGCAGCAACAACAGACACAAUUGCAACAAUCUCCACUGCAGUUGUUGCAGCAAAACCUGCCACAGAGAGCACUACAACAACCGCCAGCCACUCAAAUGUUACAGCAAAAUCCCUCAGAGCAACAACUCCACCUACAAUUGCUACAGAAAUUGCAGCAGCAGCAGCAACAACAACUUCUUUCCACGUCCACCCCACUUUUGCAGUCUCAGCUUCUACAACAACAAAAUACUCACCAACAAAACCAGCAAUCACUGCAGCCCCUGCCGCCUAUAUCUCAGCAUCAGCCUCAACAACUUGGCAAUAAUGCAUUCUCAACAGAGAAGCUUCUCAGCAGCAACAACUUCUCUUCAUCUCUUACGCAAUCGCAACAGCUUUCAAUGAACCAGCCCCAGAAUACACAGAAAUCACAUACCAUCACUAGAGCCCCCUCUACACUAACUGAUGGAGAUGCCCCAUCAUGCUCAACCUCUCCAUCUACUAACAACUGCCAGGUGUCUCCUCCGAACCUCCUGAAAAGAAAUCAGCAAAUACCAGCCACAUUAGGGGGGGGUUUGAUAGUUGAGCCCACUAGUAAUCUGAUACAGGAGCUUCACAGUAAGCCUGACACACAGAUCAAACAGGAGUUGCUCAAUGUAAAAGGACCUGACCAGUUGAAGUAUAAAGGGACAAUUACUGAUCCGCUGGAAGCUUCUUCUUCCGGAACAUCUUACUGUCUUGAUCCUGGUAAUGUCCAGCAGAACUUGCCACUUUCCAACUUCUGCAUGGAAAGGGAUGUCCAAUCACACCCAAGAAACAGUUUGCCAUUUGACUCUAAUCUGGAUGGUCUAACCCCUGAUACUAUGCUUCUAAGGGGGUAUGACUCCCAAAAAGAUCUUCAAAAUUUGUUGUCUAACUAUGCUAGUGCUCCAAGGGACAUUGAAACUGAGCUGUCAACCGCUGAUAUCAGCUCACAGUCGUUUGGAGUGCCAAACAUGCCUUUCAAGCCAGGUUGCUCAAGUGAUGUUGGCAUCAAUGAUACUGGGGUUUUAAAUAAUAAUAAUGGUUUGCGGACCAACCAAACUCCACGAAUGCGAACAUAUACCAAGGUUCAAAAGCGUGGCUCUGUUGGAAGAUGUAUUGAUGUUACCCGUUACAAGGGAUAUGACGAACUCCGGCAUGAUUUGGCUAGAAUGUUUGGGAUUGAAGGGCAGCUAGAAGAUCCUCUAAGGACUGAUUGGAAAUUAGUAUACGUGGAUCAUGAAAAUGACAUUCUUCUUGUUGGUGAUGACCCUUGGGAUGAAUUUGUCAGCUGUGUCCAGAGCAUAAAGAUAUUGUCAUCUGCAGAAGUGCAGCAAAUGAGCUUGGAUGGGGAUUUAGGUGGUAAUGUUCCAAUCCCCAAUCAAGCUUGCAGUGGGACAGACAGUGGCAAUGCAUGGAGGGGACAGUAUGAAGAUAACUCAGCUGCCUCCUUUAAUAGGUAAAGGAAGGAUGUCAAAUGCUGACACUUAAGAGAGAUCAACUUGUGCAUUUCAAUUGGUGGAGAACCAACUUAACCUAAUAAAACUUUUGGUUGGUGAUUCUCAAAUGAAAAGUACACAUGCAUUUCAAAUGAUGCAGUUUAUUGGGGUAUUGUAGAAGAGGUGGACUCACAUAACUGCAUCCUAGUUUUCUUCACCACAUCACUUUUGAUGGUGUCUAGUUUAGAUCCUCAAAUAUAGCAAGAGCAGUUUCCGUUACUACUGAUGCCACAGAUCCUAUACCUUUGGAAUCAACUUUUCUUGUGGUUGUUGGAUUAGGAUUUCUUUUUCAUUUUUUGCAAGGUACAGCAGAAUAGGGCAGCUAGUGUAUAAUAUGAUCUCUUGUAAAUCUUGUUAUGGUUAAAGUUGUAUACGGAAGUUUGGUGUCCAAGUAAUGGCUCAGAGCCUCAGACAAUGAAGAAUGCAUGCCAAUUCUAGCUCUUGUAUAGUGCCUACGAUGUUACGACGUUUACACGGUGGCCAUUUUGGAAAAGUUUAGUUCAUUAUGGAUGGAAGAAAACAAAGUUUCUUUUUAAACUCUUCAAUUUUGGAAUUUGUGUGCUUAAAUUACAAUUAGCUAGCUUUUUGCCUAUCCAAUAGUUUCUAGAUGCCUUCAAGUUCCGCCCGUACAUUUCAACGGGAAAUGUUUUACCUUAUUGUAUCUAGUCUAUACAGAAUAUUUACACCUAUACUUCAA